GCAACGCAUUAUUACUCUUUUGGAAGAUGGCAACCAGGGUGGAGAGCUUCAUGGUUUCUGUUACCGGACAAAUUAUCAGUGCUGAGUUUCCCGGUUAUAAUUAUAUAUGGCUGAAGUACUGCUUCGUUACCGGUGUGGACUGGAUGAACAUAGCGGGCAUACAAGAGGGAAUGACGCAGACGUCACUAAAAGGACCAAGUGAAGGCCAUGGCCACGUUUUUAAUUUUCCAAUCGAUGUUAGUUGGAAGUCGACAAACCCAUUCGGAUGGCCACAGAUAAUCGUACACGCAUAUGGCGUUGAUAUUUUCGGGAAGGACGUGGUUCGUGGAUAUGGUGCUGUACAUAUUCCAAUGGAACCCGGGAGGCACGAGAGAAGAGUCGCUAUGUUUGUUCCCCAGUCAUCUUCGAAACUGAUGCAAUUGAGUGCCUGGUUCACAGGUAAAAGGCCGGAAUUUGUAAACCCAAAAGUUAUCGCGAGUGGUGACGGCAGAGGAAUGACCAAAGUACAAACCCAAGGAUUUGUCGAUUUGGUGUUUAACGUGGCGACGAAGAACAUGCGGCAGCUUGGUUACGUUGUCGGCAAACAUGGGGCCGAUGUCGCACGUGAGGAUCUGUUGCUGGCGAUUGGCGGGGAUACCAUAUGAACUCGUUUUCGCACCCAACUCUCUUAUUCACGUGACUUUUAACCGGUCAAUUGCCUUAAAGUUGAAUAUUUCUUACUACUUGAAGUCGUAUUAGUAACUUGUGUUAUGUUCAAUAUUUCGUACUAUCACAACUGGGGUCACAGGAGGUUCCAGUUGGAUAUCUCGUAGAGGCUCCUGAUACCUUAUCCAACUUACGUUCUAC